AUGCGGGGGCGAGAGCUCAUCAAGCGAGGGUGGAUCAAAACCUACUCCCGCGAAACCGGCUGGGGCUUCAUCGUGUGCAACGAGGUGGAAAGAGAUAUCUUUGUUCAUUGGAGGUGCCGUGUAGCGCAGCUACCGCUCUUGUUGGAACCCUGGAUUUUUUGUGAUCUGCAAAUAGCCUGA